UCCUUCCCAACUUGGACAACAACCCAACGUCUGUUACAUUGUCAGACUGCGAUCACAAGCACACACAUCUGAAUCUUAUAUAUCUUAACUACUUGAAGAGUGUCACUUGCUUGAAGGGGGAGACUUCACGUUAGCCUACGUGGGGUUUAAAGUUUACCUGACAGGUUAAACUCAGGGCAGAAUAUAACACACAGCAGCCACAGCCCCCUCUAGCCGGUUAGCAUAACAGCCUGCUGGUUCUUUGACAGCUCACUCGGUUACUCGACGUCCGGGUACUGUCUACGUCCGUAGUGAUAUCUGUGGACGUGUCAGCGACCAUUUAACUGUAUGACAUGUCAGUUUAAUAUGCGAGGGAACCAUUUCUUUAAGACUAAAAUGCUGGUUCAGCUUUCUUUCUUUCUUUAGCUAGUAAGCUAACUAACUAGCAUUACUGACGGCUAACUAGCAACUUGUUAACGUUAGCUGGCUGCCUAGCAACAUGGCUAGCUGCCUAGCAACACUGUCUUAAUCUGGUAACUACCUACAUAUUUUCUUAAGUGUGCUGUUAGCUUUAGUUGGGCUUUCUCUAAUCAGCCAGUGUUUCGUGGUCAGGUCUUUACAGGAUACCAGUCAUUGUGUGUAUGGAGGCUCAGCUGUAGCUAUAGCUGCCUCUAUUGUUUACAUGGAUACGAUCAGCUGAAGUGCACAGUGGGCACAUGUGGUGGUCGUAAACAAUACUGGAUCAUCUACAGAACAACAACAACAAGCACAGUGGACUUAUUAUGGACAUGGGGCUGGGAGGUAGAAACUCUACAGCCUCAGACUCUCUACCUGAAUGAGGAUGAUGAUGAAGGAGGACAGCUGUGCCUGCUGGACUGUUUGACUUUGUGUGGGAGGUUGGACAAAAGGACAGGAGUUUGUUUGUUUGUCAAUAUUUAGGAUUAAUCUGAGAAGAGACAAAAUGAAGAGAAUAGGAAAUAGACUGCACUGGGGAGUGGUCCACACAUCUGGUGGCACUGGGAUGUUGCUGAAGACCCUGCUGGUCACCAGUCUCCUUGGCUGGGCGAGAUGUCAAGAGAGCCAGAGCACGAUGACACCAGAGGAGAAGACCGUUAUCAGGGACCAGAUCAUUGAAAUGUUUGAUCAUGCUUACGGCAGUUACAUGAAAUAUGCCUAUCCAGCAGAUGAGCUGAUGCCUCUCAGCUGCAGGGGGAGAGUCCGUGGCCAGGAGCCCAAUAGAGGGGACAUAGAUGACUCCUUGGGGAAGUUUUCUCUCACACUGAUUGACACCCUAGAUACCCUGGUGGUGUUGAACAAGCUUGAUGAGUUUGAGGACGCAGUGAGGAAGGCCGUGACAGAAGUACGCCUGGACAACGAUGUUGUGGUGUCUGUGUUUGAGACCAACAUCAGAGUUUUAGGAGGGCUUUUGGGAGCCCACGUGAUGGCCGACCUGCUACGGCAGCGCGGGGAGAGGAUGCAGUGGUAUCGUGAUGAGCUCCUACACAUGGCCAAAGAGCUGGGCCAUCGAUUACUGCCUGCCUUUAACACCACAAGUGGCCUUCCCUACCCUAAGGUGAAUCUUCGGUAUGGAGUCCUAAACCCACUUUCACGCACAGGCACUGAGUCGGACACCUGCACAGCAUGUGCUGGAACAAUGAUCCUGGAGUUUGCUGCCCUCAGCAGACUGUCAGGAGAGUCUGUGUUUGAGGAACAUGCAAGGAAGGCUCUGGAUGUCCUCUGGCAGAGGAGACAGAGGGGAAGUGACUUGGUGGGGACUGUCAUCAAUAUCCAUAAUGAAGAAUGGGUACGGAGAGAGAGUGGUGUCGGUGCUGGUAUCGACUCGUAUUAUGAAUAUUUGAUGAAGGCCUACAUUCUUCUAGGAGACAAUGUGUUUCUGGAGAGGUUCAACAUUCACUAUAGUGCCAUUAUGAAAUACAUCAGUCAGCCUCCCCUGCUGCUCAACGUACACAUGCACAACCCCACUGUGAGCGUGCGCAGCUGGAUGGACUCUCUUCUGGCUUUCUUCCCCGGCUUACAGGUUUUGAGAGGAGAUCUGAAGCCAGCUAUUGAGACUCAUGAAAUGCUUUACCAAGUCACCAAACAGCACAAGUUUCUUCCAGAGGCUUUCACCACAGAGUUCAGAGUUCAUUGGGGCCAACACCUACUGAGACCAGAGUUUGCAGAAAGCACCUACUACCUCUAUAAGGCCACUGGCGACCCCUACUACCUCAGAGUGGGACAGUCCAUCGUGGAAAAGCUCAAUGCCUACGCCAGGGUGCCUUGCGGGUUUGCCGCUGUGCAAGAUGUUCGCACUGGGACGCAUGAAGACAGGAUGGACUCGUUCUUUCUGGCGGAGAUGUUUAAAUACCUGUACCUGCUGUUUUCGGAGAAGAGCCAGCUGCCCAUCGAUAUCGACGACUACAUCUUCACCACAGAGGCUCACCUUCUCCCUGUAUCUCUCUCCAUCACCCAGCCGCCCUGUCAAGGCAACAACACGGAGUCCGUUCCUGUUCCUCAAGAAGAAGAUCUGUUCACACACUCCUGCCCCAGCAUGGAGACGUUGUUCCCCAACAACCCCUCGUUUGCCAAAACCAUCCGGGACAGCUACAAGUACCUCACCGGGGUGGGGCGAGCCUUCCACCCCUUACCUGUCAGGGAAAUUGAGUUACCGCUCCAUGAUAAUGGGAUGGAGCCGGUAGAGUUCUUGAAAAGCAUGGGCAUUUCUCUCACACCACUGAACGAGGUCCUGGUAGGAGAGGCCGGAAAUCGGAAGGAGCAUAAAGGGGUGUACCGUGUCAAACUGGUGGCAGAGUUGAGCCACACACCGGAGGAGGAGGAGGUGGUGCCCCAUGUCGUUCAGCUCAUAUCCCCCCCGUAUCUGGGUAGGACGGUCCUCACAGCGGGACCUGCCAAGUUUGGGAUGGACCUCACCAAGCAGGAGCACGGGGUGAAGGGCAGCAUAACGAAAGCCUCUCCCUACACUGCAUGUGGGCCAAUAGAUAAUGCAGUGGCGCUUAAAGGGCAUAUCGCCCUGGCACUGCGUGGGGACUGCAUGUUUGCUGUGAAGGCUCGUCGGCUGCAGGAGGCAGGAGCCGUGGGAGUCAUCUUUAUAGACCACCGCGAGGGGAGCAAUAGCGAGGACACUCCCCUCUUCCAGAUGGUUGGAGAUGGCGACUCCACUGAAGACAUCACCGUACCCUUGGUCUUCCUGUUCAGCCAGGAGGGUGCCGUGCUCACAGCAGCUCUGAAGGAACAUCACAAUGUGGAUGUGCUGAUGCUGCCUAAGGAGAGGCAGUUGGGACAUGUUAAGACAGACCUACCGGUCGGCGUGCACAUCAAAAUCCGCCUGGCGGAGGAGGGGGAGCUGGAGGACGGAGUAGCAAGAGGGCCCACCUUGGAGUUUGUUUUGGAGAAACAGGAGGUGCUUCUUAAGGAAGAGGAGGAAGAAGAGCAGAGGCAGUUCUGCUCACAAGCAGCAGAGGAUGACAGAACUGAACCGUGUUCAGCAGAUUCAUCACAAACCGCAAACUCUAACAGUGGACAAGACGCAAACCCUUGACCACGACCGAUCCCGAAGUAGCCAAGUUUCCAAACGCUGAUCUCUCAUCAGUGUCUGAAUGGCGUGUGCCUCAGAGCCCCUCACUGCCCUACAUGGAGCCCUUAACUGACCCAGCCUGCAUGUUUACAGCCGAUGGAGGAGAGUAAAACAGCGUGAUAGCCACAUCCUGUCUUGACUUUGAAAUCUAAAGAUUGUUCUUCAUUUAUUAGACGGGGAGUCAAAGUGGUGGCUUUUAUUGAAACUACUGAAAUGAGGGAUGUCGUGAGACUAAACUGGGUAGUUCAAGGCCAAAAGCUGUAGGUUAAUAUGGGCUGGGCUGGUGCUGCCCACACCUAGCCUGUAGUGUUGUUAGGCACAUACAAGGUGUCCGUGAUGAUAAUGACAUAGAUCACUGACUAGAAUUUAAAAUUACCUCACCUUAGAGGAAAACAUAGAUAAGGCAAAAAUGUACUCAGCUAGGUUUUUUAUGCAAUGCAGUUUUUUUCAAUGUAGAGUGCACCUUUUCACUUAAUCAACAACUACUGUUAAAUAUUCGGUGAUGGUGAAUGGAAUAUGACCUGGCCAGUAGGUGGCGUUAGCUACCGCAGCUUCUCAGUAAUAUAAUGGUGGUAGAUGAAGGAGAUGAGCUGGGGCCAAUUUUAAUUUUAUUCUGUACUAGUAAGCAACUUCAGGGAAUUUCAAGAGUGAAUGCAGUUUGCUAGGGUUGACCCAUUUGAUGAAAUGUUUGUGUGCGUGUUCUGCAUUUCCUUUUUGCUAUAACGUGUAUGUGUGUGUGCGUGUGUGUGUGUGUGUGUGUGUGUAAUGACUACAAACACCCAAGAAAGCGUCUCAGCUAAAACAUUUUUUUGCUAUCAGACGAAACCCUCCUGUCUUCACAAAGUCAUCAGGCAAGGGAUUAGGAAUAAUCUGUCGGAUCGAGCACCAUAGAUUUGGAUUUUUCAGUCUAUAUGCUAAUUUUUCCAACCUAGAAAUAACUCUGUGGUCAUUAUUAAAUUGUAAUUUAUCAUGUCAUCUUGAAAACUUUGCAAAAUUAACCAAAUCUCGCAACUUGCAACUGAAGUCUACAUGUAACUCUGGUUUAGUUCAACCAGGUGCAGCAUCACAUUUGGUCUGCAGUCCCAGACUGCUAUGCACUUUGAAACGCAGGUAUGAUGAUGAUCGUCUAUGGCAGAUUCAUUCAUCUGUGUGUGUUGCAAUAAGUAAUUCAUUGUACCAUUUACAUUGUGCAAUAAUGCAAUGUUUUUUAGCCACCUUAAAAUAUAAGGAAAACUCUACAGGGUUAGUUUAAAACAGAAAAAAGCAAGGUUUUUUUUUCUCAUCUAAAAUGGUAACAGUCAAUCUGGAAAGGCCAACUGAAUCCUGUACAUUGUUUCCAAAGUAUGAUAGAUACAGUUGUCUGGUCUCUACGCAAACUAAACCAUAUUCUGGGCAUUCUUAUGUGUAAUCACUUUUCAGAAAGAUGCAUAACUCUUUAAUCAGUCAUAUUCACGUCACUCUGACUAAUAAUUUUUAGCAUGAUUCUUUUCUUUUGUGGUACAUUAAAUGUGAGCUCAUGUUUGUGUGGGGAAACCACUUUUCAUUGAAGUAUGUUUUCUUUUAUGAUUGUACGGUGGACCUGUUCCUGAUGCUGCCGAGUUAAUUUGAAGUCUUAAUCCAACAUGACUUUUUAUUUUGUUUAGCCCGUUUGAGGCUUUGCCAACCCGUAUACCUCAGGACUGUGUGUUACAGUUCAAGCAGAGAAAAGGACAGUGGACACGAUGUAGGGGAUUUUUAUUUAUUUUUUUAAUCAUUUUUCAUGCUAUUUAAUUUUCAACUGCUCUCUAAGGUUUCUGUUGAUCAGUGGCUGAAAGUUUAAAAAAAAAAAAAAAAGUGCCAAAAGAGAUGCAUGACAUGGCUCCUGUUUCUGUUUCACAUCUUUUUAGUUUCUGACUGUGAGCUGAGGCAGUCUCAUCAAUAAAUUUGAAAUCACAUUA